AUGCAAGGGCGGAAAAUCAUCUGCCAGUGUCUCCCAACACUACCCGUCAAGCUGGCUGACAUUUUUGGAUCGAGUUCCGGACCCUUGAUUGAGGCCUCGGACAAGGAGGCGCCGAUACCGGCACCGCAUGACACUACCGAGACUGAUAGAAAAAAGACCAAGUCGAGCUCCCACUCGGCCCCUCCCUCCUCUGCCACCACCAAUGAGACGCAGUCGAAGAAGAGCACCGACCAGAAGCCCAGCCGCAGCUUCUCCUACUCCCAGCUGCGCACCAACCCGGCCGAUCCACUCUCGCUGGGGAAGCUGGUCGUUUGGAAAGACAUCUACGUCGAAGUGCCGAUCCAGACGCGCUCGCGCAUCUGGUCAUUCAUCCGCCGUCGCAAGCCCUUCGAAUACCGCGUCGUUUUAGAUCAAGUGUCCGGGGUCGCCACACCUGGCCAACUUACCUUCAUCAUGGGCGCUUCUGGAGCCGGCAAGACGACGCUGCUCAACGUGCUCACGCAGCGCAACCUGAAGGGCAUGCGGGUUUUUGGCGAGGUGCUGGUCAAUAAACAGCUCAUUGAUGCGGCCAGCAUGCGCAAGAUAUCGGCCUACGUCCAGCAAGAAGAUUGCUUUAUCGGCGAUUUGACCGUUCGCGAGACGAUCGUUUUUGCGGCCAAUCUCCGGAUGGGGCAGAAGUAUUCGCACAAGGAAAAGCUGCAGCGCGUCGAGAAGGUCAUCAGUCAGAUGGGCUUGACCAGCUGCCAGUACACGCGAAUCGGCUCGCGCUUCCACAAAAGCAUCUCGCGGGGUGAGAAGAAGCGGCUGGCAUUUGCUUGCGAGAUCCUCACCAACCCACCGAUCCUCUUUUGUGAUGAGCCGACCUCGGGGCUCGAUGCAUUCAUGGCCAAACAGGUGGUGGCGGUGAUGAAGAAGCUGGCGCUCGAUGGGAUGACCGUCAUCUCAACCAUCCACCAGCCGAGCAGCCAGGUCUUCGAGCUGGCCGACAGCUUGAUUCUGAUGGCGAACGGAAAGACUGCCUACCACGGCCCGGCUGAUGAAGUCACCGAGUUUUUUAGCAGCGCCGGCUUUCCGAUGGUGAACAAGUUCGUUAACCCGGCCGAUCACUUCAUGCGCGUGCUGUCGCGCAGCGAGGGCGAAACCGAAGACCAGCACGGGAGUCGCAUUGAGGCGAUCACCCAAAAGUACGUCACCUCCUCGUACGGCGAGACGGUCGGUAACUUCACGCACAACUCGUUCGAGGUGUCGAACACGGAGCGGCGUCGGAUGCGCGAGGACUAUUCCGCCUUGAACCAGUACAAGACCUCGUUCCGCUGGCAAGUCUGGAUAUUAUUCUACCGGGCCCUCCGAUGCGUCAUCCGAAAUCCAAUGAUUUUGAACGUGCGCCUCUUCCAAGUGAUGAUUUGCGCGAUCACCAUCGGGGCCGUCUACCUGCAAACACCGCUGAGGUACAAUACCAUCCAAAACUACGUCGGCGUGAUGUUCAACAACGUGCGCGACAUGAACUUCAUGUUCGUCUUCCCGUGUAUCAUGGUGUUCACCUCCGACCUCCCGGUGAUCAUUCGCGAAUACAAGAGCAACAUGUAUCUACCCGCGGCCUAUUUCAUCGGCAAAAAUCUGGCAGACACGGUGCAGUACCUGGUGUUCCCCUUCAUCUACAGCGUCAUCAUCUUCUUCAUGACGUUUCGACUCUCGGACUUGGAUGCUGCUGGCGAGUACACGUCCUGGAAGAAAUUUGGCAAGUACGUAUUGGUGAAUACGUGCAUGGCGACGACCUCUACGUCUGUUGGCUACGCUGCUGCUUGCAUUUGCGGCAACCUGGAAAUUGCAACGCAGCUCGUCCCCCUUGUCGUCGUCCCGCUGCUCGUCCUCGGCGGUCUUUUCAUCAACCUCUGGACGGUGCCCCUCUACUUCCGGUGGAUCGAGUACAUCUCGUACUAUCGCUAUGCCUUUGAGGCGCACAUGAACAACUUUUUCAGCGACAUCACCCACAUUGAAGGCUGUACGAAUGCCACCGACAAGUACUGCCACCAGAUCCAUCUCGACCCGGAAGUGCGGAAAGCGGCAAUCGAUGCUGUUGGCCACGGUCCGAAUCUGAUGGUCAGCAUGAAAAUGCGCCCAGAUGUCUUCUGGAUCGACAUCGGCUUCCUCCUUGGUAUCACGCUGGUGCUCCGUCUGAUUGCUGUCAUCGCCCUCCACAUCCGCGUCACACGCCGC